AUGACGCUGAGCCGCCUCAAACACGCCCUGAGGAACGACAUGGUCGACACCAUCGCAAACUCGCGAGAAAUCGCCCAGGAGCCUGUCCAAACCCCAGCGGAGCCACAACACACGCACGCGCCCAACGGGAGUCAUCAUCAACGCGUUACCAUAUACAGAAGAGUCAAAGGGCCUGAUGGCAAGGAACUUCUGGUUCGGAAAGCUUCCAUCGAAGAUGCGGAGCGGCAAAAUGUCCCCACCAACUACUGUCUCGACAUGUGGGAUCCAACUGAGCGACCGGUAAUACUCCUCGGCUCGGUUUUCGACAUCAUGUCACUUGGGAAAUGGAUACUUGACUGGACUAUUGCGGUCCACGGCGAGGGCAGCGAUCCAACGGACAUAGCAAAGGACCUCUGGACUCUGAUUAUCCAGCUGGCUAGUAGGGUCAAGCAAUCUGAAGACUUUGUCUCUCAGCACUCUAUGAAGCAAAAUUCGCGGCGAAGAGAUAAAGUGAUUCACAUUGUGUAUGGCUGUGCGGAAGCUGGAAAGCAGCUGAUUAAAGACUUUCAACAGCUUGUUAUGGACUGCGAGGAGCGCAUGCUGGAGACAUGGGGUCUGAAUACUAUUGGAAAGGCGGGCCCGAAUAUUGAUCCGGUCAUCGUAUUCGGAGCUAUCUACGAUGCCUGUUCAGUUCAGAAGUUUAUUUUGGGCUUCAUCAAGGAGCACCUUGGCCUCGACGAUCCGGAACGAGACCCGCAGAAUGACGACGCUGAGUUCGUGCACAACGAGUCAGCAGAAUAUGCCCAGGCAUGUGGACAACCGGUUCCUCCACAGUACUCAACACCAUCAGCACCGUGGCCCUCGCCUCAGAUAAAUGGCCGUACGAUUAUCCCACAACUCAACUUCACGGACAACAGAAUCCAGCUCAGCAUCUCGCAGUGUAUCCCCAUGAUGGAUUUCAAUACGCAGGAUUCACCUACCGAGGACCUCCUCAAGGGGGAUUUGCCAGCGUUCAACCUCCUUUUGUGCCUCAACAAUCUCAGCCGCCCCACAUUCCACGGCAGUUUUACAGAACAGAUGGAUGGCACAAUAGUCGUUCAGAACAAGACAGCUCUGCUACCCAACAUUCUGGAUACAGACGGGGACAAUUUGAAUACAAACCAGAGUCCGACUCCAACCUCCCAGGAAAGCCGCGUCGUCACAGGCACGGGCACCAUGCUCCUGGACCUGGGCAAGGCAGCACCGACGAGCCUCCAUCGAGCUAUGAAGACGCGCGUGCCGGCCACAUCGGAAGACGCAGAGAAGCACAACAUCCCGCUCGAUUACAAUCUUGAGGAAUGGGAUCCAGAUGAAAAUCCGAUUACGCUUUUGGGCGCGGUCUUCGACGCCAACUCGGUUGGAAAAUGGAUUCAUGGCUGGACACACUAUAAAUAUGGGCAUCUUGCUACUGAAACCGAGAAAUCGGGUGAGCUCUGGUCCCUGAUUAUCCUGUUGACUCGCAAACUUCGGGUCUCCGCGAAAUUCAUUUCUGAGAGCGUGGGAAUCGAGAGCGUCGAACAAGGUGUGGGCAAAGAUAUGGUGGAAGACUUCAUAGAAUCUGGUCAGCGUCGGAUGGAGAAAUUUCAAACGCACUUGAAGAAGUGUGAGAAGUCUAUGCUUGUGUCGGAAAACAAGGGGAAAAACAAGGGCACUGUCCGUCUUCGUAGCGACGCUGGUGUGGCAUUCGCGGAGGCCGCUUUCAGUUCUAAGAAGCAUUUCGCAAAGACGAACGGCCUUAUUCAAAGCAUUGAGCUAUGGCUGAAACGGUGGGAUGCAAAUUGCGCCAUUGUCGUUGGUGUGAACCCCGAUACCAAGCAGCCUACUGAUGAUGUUGUGGAUGGGGACCGAGAUUCGGUCCAUCAAGCGGAAAGCGCAGUUCUUUAG